GACAAUCCCAAAAAGAGUGCAGGCUGCAAGAAAAAAACAGAGGAGGCCGAAAUCAUAAUCUGUUGAUUGGCUUCAGCUCCUCAGAUCCACCGCUGGAGCUGAAAGCUGCCUCCCGGACCCGACCCGCCGCUCUGGACCCGCUUCUGGAGGACUUUAUACGUGGCACAUUAGUGAGCAUGUCCUCCUCAUAAAGCUGAAGUAAAGCUUACCUGCCGCACUAAACACACAGCCGAGUCUGUUUAAUGAUGGCCAUGGCCCACGGCACCAGUAUCCAGUAUGAGCCAGUGGCAGAGAUCGGAGGAGGCGCUUACGGGACUGUUUAUAAGGCUCGAGACACAGAGAGUGGGCAGUUUGUGGCUCUGAAGAGUGUGCGUGUCCAGACGGACCAAAAUGGCCUCCCGGUCUCCACAGUCAGAGAGGUGGCUCUGCUGAGAAGGCUGGAACAGUUUGAUCACCCCAAUGUGGUCAGGCUCAUGGAUGUAUGUGCCACCCAGAGGUCAGACCAGGAGACUAAAGUCACGCUGGUGUUUGAACAUGUGGACCAAGACCUAAAGACGUACCUGGAGAAAGCCCCUGCUCCAGGACUAUCCCCCAGCCGCAUUAAGGACCUGAUGAGACAGUUGCUGUGUGGUCUUGCAUUCCUUCACUCAAAUCGCGUGAUGCACCGAGACCUGAAACCAGAGAAUAUUCUGGUAACCAGCCAGGGCCAGGUGAAGCUGGCUGACUUUGGGUUGGCCAGGAUAUACAGCUGCCACAUGGCCCUCACUCCUGUGGUGGUGACGCUGUGGUACCGACCCCCGGAGGUUCUGCUGCAGUCCAGUUACGCCACACCUGUGGAUAUCUGGAGCACCGGCUGCAUCUUUGCCGAGAUGUUCAGACGCAAACCUUUGUUCUGCGGAGAAUCAGAGGUGGACCAACUUGGGAAAAUUUUUGAAGUUAUUGGCCUGCCACUAGAGGACGAGUGGCCUACUGAUGUCACACUCUCAAGAAAACACUUUCCCCCUCUCUUACCUCGCCCAAUCACUGACUUUGUUCCUGAGAUAAAUGAGCAGGGGGCGCAACUAUUGCAGAGAAUGCUGACCUUCGACCCCUUGAAACGAAUAUCUGCCCUGAGUGUCCUAGAGCAUCCAUAUUUCCAGGACGAGGAGACAUUGACUUGAAAUGGUGCAGUGAAACAUGUGGCGAGAGGUUACAGUGUCUAAGUUUAGACCUGGCCUAACCAUAAAGGAUUUAAAUUUCAUUCAGUGCAUAGCCUUUCAAGAUGUCUGGGUUGUGCUUUGGGAUUUUUUUUUGUUACUCCUACAUCAAAAAAGGAUUAAAGCCUGAGAAAUGGAAUUUAAAAAAAAAAAAAAAACAGAAGAGGAGUGAACCGAAGGAUCACUGGCAUGUUUUCCGACGUCACAAUUAAUGAUGUUAACAUGUCGUGUCUUCAAGGACAGUACCAGUGUUGUUGAUGUUUGAUUUAAGUCUCAGCUUCGUCCGCAGGGACUGAUGCACAGAAACGUCUGUCAUCUCCUCUGAAAUGUUGCUCUUGUAACUUUUGUACGGUGUUUAAACAGAGGGAAGCAGAGAUGCCACCUUUUCUCGUUAUGAGCUGAACAAAGUCUGACAGAAGUGGCACCUCGGGGUUAGAACUGCCAGCCGUCAGUGAUCUUACUGUAUUUGUGUUCAUAUUUAUCAUACUAACAGAACAAUAAGACCAUAGGUUUUAUGGAAAUCAUGAGGAAAUGAAAGAAUAGAACCAGAAGAAAAACGCACAAGAUAAACACACAUCAAAAUACUGGUAUUGCCCUUAAAUACAGUCAUAAACAGUUUAUUUUAUUGGAGAACUGAAGGGUUAGACUUUUUCAUUUUUAACAGUUUUUGUCUGUUUGCUAAAACCAUUUGAAAUCAACCAGCAUUGCAACCACAAAUGAAUAAAAAAAAUCACAUUCAAACUUCAUUUGUGCAUUAUUAUGCAGAUGGCAGUCCAUAGAAAAUGAAUAAAUGUGAUUCUAUAAAAACUGAGAUAUUUUGUGAAAAAUAGUUAUAUUAAUACUAACAAAAAUAAAAGUUAGCCUCACUAUGCUGUUGUUGUCUUCUAAUAUUGACUGAAUAAACAGUUA